AUGUUUGGGCCCAGUCCAUGCUGUCCAGGCUUGCCAGCACACCAACCUGAAUUUGCGUUUCCAACAAUCCGGUAUCCUCACGUUUUAGAAGAAUCUUUCAAAUUUGAAAGGCUUAAAAGUCGAGAACUCUCCAUUCAAAAGGCAUCAAUUGCAUUCCGUGAGCUACUCGAUUGGACCGAAAAGCUCGAAGAUCGAAAUUUUGUCGCCGAAUGGCUCCGCGAAAGAUUGGAGUCCAAUAUCGAAGAUAGUCUACGAUCGCCUGUCUGGAAUCGGGAAGAUAUAACAUACUGGUUUGGCGAACUAAAAAAAUAUAAAAAUUAUAUUGAGACCAUACGAGAGGAGGGGGUUUCUGUCGAACCUGCCACCGAUGGGGUAUGGAAAAGCCAUGGGCUGAUGGAUGAAAAUCUAAGACAAGCCUUAAUUGACGCCACGAAGACACUGGAACUCGCAAUUGCCGAAGUUCCAUUUCCACCAACAUGGCUGCCAUCAUGGGCCAAAACAUCCCCUCCACCUCCAAGGCCUCCGUUUCCACCCCUAUCACCCCCAACCCAUCAGUGGGCAGGGAUAAGCUGUCUACUUGAGCCGUCGAUGUAUCCUAUAGCUUACAACCAAACACUCACUUUCAAAAAUGGUGAAUUCACAAAGAUAUCCCCUCCAGACGGGUACCGAGUAAAGGAUUACGACCAUGCAUACUGCUGGUUGCCUUCAGAACUUGACAUUUCAAAAGAUGGUAAAAGAACCAAGAUCGUCUCAUACAUCAAUAACUUAUCGAAACCAGAAGAGGAAGAGUUGUUCUAUCCUCUCCUCCAGACCAUAUUCACAAAUUUUAUACCACUUUUCGAUCAUUGUUUGGCUGAGAUGGCAGAGGGAAUUUGGCACCAAUCAAGAUGCAAGGUCUAUAGACAUCUUACCAAAGAUAGGAGUGAUAACUCCACAGAUUGGAAUCUUAAAUUUUCCCCCCAUGGUUGGUACCGACCAAAAUUAUAUACACCAAAACUGGAGUACCUCGAGACAUACAGAAAGCUACUCCAUCAGUUUAGAUCUGGCGAAAAUAUGUCAUUUGAUAUCGUUAAAUGGCAAGGAAAGAUAAACUGGGAUGGAGACGAUCUCCAAAAGCAAGAGGAUCAAGUUCUAGUGGCUAAUCCUUGGGAUUUGCCGCCCGAGAGAAUGUGGGCUCCUCCUACCCUUUCCUCCGAUAUGACUUUAAAAGGAAAGAGGGUAAAAGUAUUUGUAAGGAUAGCUCAUAUCGAACUGAUACCGGAGAGGCCUGAAUGGGGUGGCGGAAAGUGGAGUCUGGCUGGCUGGAUCAUUUCACUAAUUGCAAACUAA